GGCCGAGGAGGAGAAAGGGGGAGAGGGAACCAAGUAAUGGCGGCCAGUUAGUGUGUGACUGAGCUAGAGGAGGAGGAGGAGGAGCAGCAGCUCCCCGCGUCCCUUCGAGCCCUUGUUCCUCGCCCGGCGGCGGCGGCGGCUGAGGCGCCGCUCCCCAAAGCAGAGGCGGCGGCGGCGGCGCCAGAGACUGAGCCUCCCUCUCCGGGGCGGCUGAGGAGGCGGCGGCGGCGGCGGGAGGGGGGCGCCAUGGUGAACACCCGAAAGAGCUCCCUGCGCCUCUCCCGCAAAGCGGCGGCGGCGGCAGGCUCCGGGCCCGGCAGCCAUUUCAUCUCGUCCAGGACCCGUUUGUCUAGGACCAGCGCUCGGGCAGCGGCGGCGGCGGCGGCAGCAGCAGCAGCGGCGGCCGCCGGUCAGGAUGAAGAGUCGGCCCGGAGAGAUGAUGGUAGUGAUGGUAGCUUGAGUGAUAGCCACAUAUCUCCUCCAGCCAAACGUACCUUGAAACAUGCAGAUUCUGUAUGCAAAGACAAAUCAAAAUCUCGCAGUACUGGGCAGCGAGAGGAAUGGAGCAUCUCAACUGGACAGUCCCGGUUAACUUCUCAAUCUGGUGCUACAUUACCAAAUGGACGUAGUUUAUCUCUCAAAAGCAAUUCUCUUCGUGGGGAGAAAAAGGUUGAUGGGGACCAUGCCUGUAUAAAUGGAGGUAGAGAAAUCAGAAAAAGUUGCCGAUCCAGAAAAAACAGAUUUGAAAGUUUGAAUCAAAGUUUACUAUUUGACCAACUGGUAAACAGCACUGCUGAAGCUGUUCUUCAGGAAAUGGACAAUAUUAACAUCAGACGGAAUAGGCGAUCAGGUGAAGUGGAACGGUUGCGCAUGUGGACAGAUACAGAAUUUGAAAACAUGGAUAUGUAUUCACGUGUCAAGAGGAGGAGGAAAUCACUGAGGAGAAAUAGCUAUGGAAUCCAGAACCACCAUGAAGUUUCCACAGAAGGGGAAGAAGAAGGUAAUGACAGAGAAUCUCAAGAAGAAGAUGGAGAUAUUGAAGUAGAGGAGGCAGAGGGAGAAGAAAAUGAUCGUCCAUAUAACCUGAGACAAAGAAAAACAGUGGAGAGAUACCAAGCGCCUCCUAUAGUGCCCGCACACCAGAAGAAAAGGGAAAAUGCAUUGUUUGACAUACAUAGAUCUCCUGCAAGAAGAAGCCAUAUCAGGAGAAAGAAGCAUGCUAUUCAUAGCAGUGAUACAACCUCUUCAGAUGAAGAACGCUUUGAAAGAAGAAAAUCUAAGAGCAUGGCAAGAGCAAGGAACAGAUGUCUGCCUAUGAACUUCAGAGCAGAAGACUUGGCCUGUGGAAUCCUGCGUGAACGAGUGAAAGUUGGUGCAAGUUUGGCUGAUGUAGAUCCUAUGAUUCUUGACAAAUCGGUGCGCUUUGAUAGCAUAGGUGGACUGAGCAAUCAUAUUCAUGCACUUAAGGAAAUGGUUAUAUUUCCUCUUCUUUAUCCUGAAAUAUUUGAAAAAUUCAAAAUUCAGCCACCAAGGGGCUGUUUGUUUUAUGGUCCUCCUGGAACAGGUAAAACCUUGGUAGCUAGAGCUCUGGCCAAUGAAUGCACACAAGGGGAGAGAAAAGUUGCUUUUUUCAUGAGGAAAGGAGCAGACUGUCUCAGCAAAUGGGUUGGUGAAUCUGAACGGCAACUUCGACUCCUCUUCGAUCAAGCAUACCUGAUGAGGCCAUCCAUAAUCUUUUUUGAUGAAAUUGAUGGAUUGGCCCCAGUCCGUUCUAGCAGGCAGGACCAGAUUCACAGCUCUAUAGUGUCUACUCUGCUUGCUCUCAUGGAUGGAUUAGACAACAGAGGAGAAAUCGUUGUCAUUGGUGCUACAAACAGACUUGAUUCUAUAGAUCCAGCACUCAGGAGACCUGGUCGUUUUGACAGGGAAUUUCUUUUUAGCCUGCCUGAUCAAAAGGCAAGAAAGCACAUAUUCCAAAUACAUACCAGGGACUGGAACCCAAAAUUGUCAGAUCAUUUUUUAGGAGAAUUAGCGGAAAAAUGUGUCGGGUAUUGUGGAGCCGACAUAAAAGCACUUUGCACUGAGGCUGCCUUGAUUGCCCUGCGACGGCGCUAUCCUCAGAUCUACGUCAGUAGCCAGAAACUGCAGCUAGACGUCUCUUCAAUAGUUCUCAGCGCACAAGAUUUUUACCAUGCAAUGCAGAAUAUUGUGCCUGCCUCUCAACGUGCCGUAAUGUCUUCAGGGCAUGCACUAUCUCCCAUCAUAAGGCCACUUUUGGAAAGAACCUUCAAUGACAUUCUGGCAAUUUUACAUAAAGUGUUUCCUCAUGCCGAGUUCAGCCAGGCUGACAAAAGAGAAGAUGCAACUAGUCUAAUUUUGGACGAUAGUGAAGAUGAGCAUGCUUCAUCAAUAUUUGAGACAAGUUGCCAGUCGGGAUCACCAAAGAAACAUUUAUCAGCUGCUGUACACAAACCUUACCUUCAUUUUACAAUGUCAGCUUACCAUCAGCCCACCUCUUACAGGCCAAGAUUACUGCUUUCUGGAGAGAGGGAUUCAGGUCAGACUUCGCACCUUGCUCCAGCACUUUUGCACUCGCUCGAAAAAAUUGCUGUGCACAGAUUAGAUCUGCCAGCACUUUAUUCAGUCAGUGCCAAAACACCUGAAGAAUCAUGCGCGCAGAUCUUUCGUGAAGCAAGAAGAACACUACCGAGUAUUGUUUACAUGCCUCAUAUUGGUGAUUGGUGGGAAGCUGUCAGUGAAACUGUGAGAGCUACUUUUCUAACUUUGCUGCAAGACAUACCAUCAUUCUCACCUAUAUUUCUACUCUCUACCUCUGAAACCAUGUAUAGUGAAUUGCCUGAAGAGGUGAAAUGUAUCUUUAAAAUCCAGUAUGAAGAGGUUUUUUAUAUUCAGAGACCUAGUGAAGAAGACAGGCGCAAAUUUUUCCAAGAGCUUGUCAUCAAUCAAGCAUCUAUGCCUCCUCCAAGAAGGAAACAAAUUGCUCUUUCUGAUAUGGAGGUGCUUCCUCUUGCACUACCAUUUUCUACUCGCCAGCUGUCAGAGGCAGAAAAGCAGCGAAUGGAGGACCAGGAAGAAAACACACUGAGAGAACUGCGAUUGUUUCUCCGGGAUGUUACCAAGAGAUUGGCCACAGACAAGCGCUUUAACAUCUUCAGCAAACCGGUGGAUAUUGAAGAGGUUUCAGAUUACCUUGAAGUUAUCAGAGAGCCGAUGGACCUGUCUACAGUAAUAAGUAAAAUUGAUAAGCACAAUUAUUUAACUGCAAAGGAUUUCCUAAUAGACAUAGAUCUCAUAUGCAGCAAUGCAUUGGAAUAUAAUCCUGACAAAGAUCCUGGGGAUAAAAUCAUUAGGCACCGAGCUUGUACUCUGAAGGACACUGCACACGCUAUCAUUGCUGCUGAGCUUGAUCCAGAGUUCAAUAAAAUGUGUGAAGAAGUAAAGGAAGCAAGAAAAAAGAGAGGCUUAUCAGUAACGGCAGACCAAAUAAAUCCUCAUGGUUCCACUGUACAGAAAACAGAAACGAGAAUUGAGGAGGCAUUCCAGAACAGGCAAAAAAAUGCAAUGUCAGUUUGGCACAACUCUGCAAAUAAAUGUGCAUUUCGAUUAAGGAGGAAAUCAAGACGACGUUCACAGUGGGGCAAAGGCAUUAUUAAGAAGAGAAAAGUGAAUAAUUUGAAGAAAGACGAAGAUGAUGCCAAGUUUGCAGAUGAUGAAAACCAAGGGGAGGACAGCAAGAUGCUGGAGAACGGGGAGCUUGAGGGAAGUACAGACUGCAUUGAAGAGAACGGAGAAGAAACGGGCGAUCUCUCUAUGACAAAUGAUGAGUCGUCUUGCGAUAUCAUGGAUAUACAUGGAGAACAGACACUGAACAAUGGGCCAGUCGGGAAAGAAAACAGUAUUCCAUCCACAGAAGAGAGCUCCAACGAGUCCCUGUUAGUAAGUAAGAAGAUUACUCUGACUGUAGAAAAGGAAUCCAAGGAGGAGCCCUUGUUCAAGGGGGACCAUUUAAACGGCCAGGCCUCUGAAGUAGCUGCUGUCCCAGGGUGUCAGUAUGGCGAAUGUGAGUCACCGAAUGCUGUUUUGCCUCCUGCCAUCCCUGACGUGUCCAUUCCCAAACAAAAUGCAACCGUCGAUCCCCAAAAGGAAAAACCCGAAGCUUCGAGCGACAGUCCCGAGGAGGAACAAUUAAAACAGUCUGGCACCGAGGUACCACAAUGCAGCAAUAAUGAGAAGAAAUCGCAAGGCCUAGAUACUGAAACUAAAGAAGCUGAAUCAUCAGAUAAAGAAGGUACAUUGAAAAAUAAGAAACCCCGCAAAGUUGCUUUGGCACAGGUUCCAGAGGAGGAGCAAUUGGAUCCCAUACCUCCUGUCAUUGUUGACCAUGACAGAUUAAUGAAUUUACUUGAUGUGUUGGUUAAAAAAAGCGAUAACCUGACUGUUGACCAGCUUGAGAGACUAUACUCCCUCCUUAAUCAAUGCAUCUAUCGGCAUCGUAAAGAUUAUGACAAGUCACAGCUUGUAGAGGAGAUGGAAAGAACGGUUCAUAUGUUCGAAACAUUCCUGUGAACUCUUCAAGAUGUGCAGGUUUUUCUUUUGAUAAGCUGCUUACAGGAGAGCAGCCUACUGAGCCAUUCGAUUUCCAGUUGCACCAAGUAUGUGCAGAGCCUUGGUCUUAACACGCUCACUCCUUGUCUCGCUUUCUGUUAUGAAUUUGGUGCUAUUGUCUCAGGUACCUGAAACCAGCCAGCCUACAAGAACCAAACGGAACUUCAUAAUAUUUGUAUCUUGAUUAUAAAUAAAGAAUAUAAUGCCACAACUUGGGAGAUUUUUGGUGCUACAGAAACUGCUCUCAUUUCUGCUGUCUACAUGCAUUGUCUUGUGAGAAGCUUCUGGCAAAAUGGAACAGGCCAACAAACUGGAUAAAGCAGAUGUAAUUGUUUUUAAGUGGGCAACUUUUAAAAGAAUUUUACUUUUCCCUUUUUCUCUGAGGUAAUGGACAGAAGCCUGUUUUUAAAGCUGGCAGUGAAAGAAAAAAUUGUGGUUAGAAAAAUGAAUUAACUUUGGUAUACAAUAAUGUGAAGAUGAGGCUCUCUGGAGCUGCCUUCAAUGUGCCUUUUUAGUCAGUUGAGGAGGAGGACAAGGCUAUUAAAAUGGUUGGGAUUGUAGCCAAUGACAGAGUUAGAAAGUUCUUUUCAAAAGCCUGUGUUCCCAAAGAACAGUUUCAGGUUCCCACACUAUCAAAAUGGCAGCCAGUAUUACAUUUUAACAUGUCUGUGUUGCUCUCUGGAAACCUAAAUUAUGGAAAUAACCAUGUUAUCUAAAAAUGGUAAGAUGCAUUUAUUCCACAUGUACAUUUGUUUAUCAAACAAAUUACACUGUGAGGCUUUCACAGUAAUUAUUCAAAGUGGCUGUAGUUUAUUUUUUUAAAGUUCCAUUUUAUUUCUUCAGAGUUCUUAAAAACAGGUUUCUUUCUUUCUAAACGUCCCUUAUUUUGGAAGGUAUAAGACUGGCUUCCGUUAUCUGGGAAUGUAACUUGCUGGGUGGCCAUAGGCAGAGAAGUGGCAGUUUUGCGCUUCAGUCCUUUAGCCUUUUUUUUAAUGAAUUACGCCAGGCUCAUUCAGUAGAAUCCAUAUGGAGCAGUAUUAAGUAGAAAGCAACUGACCGGCCUUUCAUUUUGUUUGAUUUGGACCCCUGGAUGCCCUGUAAAGACUGCAGAACUCUAGAGCUGAAUGACAUGACAACAGUUUGAAACAUUUUCUUCUUUGGCAAUUAAGAGGAGACACUCUUAGGCAUCUCGAAGUCUGUUGCAAAAGGCUCUGUGCUCCACAAGCCCCUCUCAGAUCUUUUAGAGCAACGUGGAGAAGAUCAGGUGGAUUUAUGAGCUGAUAAGAGGUAGUUAUCCAUUUAUGUAUACAUCUAUAUAAUCUGAAAGAGUGUCUUCUCCAAAAUACGAAACCCAGUAGGUUUUGCUUUAAGUAAAGAAAGACAGCCUUGGACUACUGCAGAGAUACUCAGCUACCUCAGCUUUUUGUAUUUUACUUACCACCAGUGUUUACGGAAGGCUGUAAUCCACCAUUUACGUGCCGAAGCGAAGGUACUUUGUCACUAGACCACUUCAUAGUAACAUGCUUGUGCUCUGAACCAUACUCUAGCCCUGGGCUACUGCAGUAAUCCAAAGUUUCCCCCCUCCUUCCCAGUCAGAAUGUACAUGCAAGCACCCUAAUUUUAGCCAAGCCUUCUCCAGGCCCCCUCAAACGCCACUUGUCUUCGUUCCUAAUGUGCAUUUUAGUCACACUAUUUUAAACGCGACUCCUGUAGAAGUGCUGUAUUUUUGGUGGGAAAGUGCGAUUAAAAACGAAAAGCAUCUUGAACUAGUUCUUUCAUUUUAGAAAUUUGAUUGUGGGGAACUUUUCAUCUUUUAAGUUAGUAUUUAUUGCCAUGACACCCGUCUAGGAUAUUUUUGCCGCCGUCAAAACCAUUAGCAUUUUGUAUUUUGAUGGAAAUUGUUACAAAACUUUGAGAUUUGAUGAAAUGAAAUGUAGCAGAUUUUUUGUAGUAAGUUUCUGGUAAAGCUAUUUUUUUUGCAAGUCUCAGGUUCUUGCAGCAUUUUUUAAAAAUAUUGUAGUUUAAAGGUUCUUUUGUUCAAGUAGCAGCAGCACUUGUGAAAAGAGAGACUACAUACAUUUUUAACAGGUUACUAAAUUUGUACAAGUUUAAAUCCUUUAAAUAUAGUUGUCAGAUAAUUUGAAAAGAGUAUCUUAAAUUCAGAUCCAACAUUGAAAAUGCUUCCAACUGGUCAGUUAAGGGGAAGAGAGAGAGAAAAAACUUUAGUAGUUUUGAAUGUUGAUAAGAAAGUGAGGACUGCUUCCUAAAUGUUUAGGUUUUUCGGAAGAAUUAGCUUAUAUAAAUGUGUUAGUGGGCAACAUUAAAAUUAUAUAGUCACCCUUUUUGACUCCAAAACCACACUAAAACAUGUAUUGCUUUUCUUUACUAAUAGCUUAGUGGUUGUAGAGUUAAACCUGUUAAUCUAUCCAUGUUGUCAAGUUGUUUACUCUCUAUAUUUUUGUUACUAUUAUUUUGCCACAUAAAAUUGGCAAUAAUCUGUACAAAUCAAUUCCUGUUCCUUGUUAUGAAUAUUACCAAUGAACUCCUGUGCAAAGGCCUUUUCCUAGGGCCAGAUGGAGGUUAAAUUUCUGUGGGGGUAAUGAUGGAACUGCUCUAAGAUGAACAUGGCUGUGGAGUUAAUUGUAUUUGCAAGCUUGAAUUUCACCUGUGAUUAAUUUAUGUUUUGUGUCCUUGGUAUUGUUGCUUGAGUUUUCUCAUAUGCCAAUGUAUUUAUUAUAGGGUUUUAUUUUGGUUUUGGUUUUCUAAUACCUUGUCUUUCCAUACUUUUUAAGUUGGAGGGUCAUUUCUGGCUUCGUUUGAUAUUCCGAAGGGCAGGUCUUGCAGCUGGUCAUCAAUUCUCCCUCCCUUUUUUGUGUGUAAAUUCACCUUAAGCUUGAAUCUGGGCUCCUUCUACCUGCUUCUUUUCUGUAUUGUACAUUGGUUUACUUAGGCAGUGGGGGGUGUAUUGUUGUUUGCUUUCAUUCAUGUGCGUCGGCUUUUUGAUUAAGUAAGCUUACUUCAUCAGCUAUGAUAAAUUUUGGAUUCUCUUAUAAGUUGUGUUCAGGAUUGUGUUUCACUUGAUUUUUUUUAAUUUUUUUUUUUGCAUCUUGACUUCAUUCUGCAUUAGUUAAGUAAAUUAUUAUUAUUUUUUGAACUUUUGGAUAUGUUGGACAUUUUACUGUAAUUUGUAAUAUAACUGCUGUGAAAUACUUGAAUAAAGAUGACAAGUAAAAAUUCUGA